CUGAAACUCAGGGCGCCAAAACUGACACUCUCCUUGUGCGCCGAAGAGUGCAUUCUUGUGCCAGGACAGGCGAUUUUAUGUAGCUCUUUCAUGACGUGAAAGGUCUACCCGGUUGUCCCUACCUUACUGGCGCUUCGCUUCAUGGGCUUCGCAUAACUCAGUUGCCGACGUGCCGAUGAGCCGUGAAUGAGCCUACAGGAGGGGUGGCGCUACUUGGAUGCCGGGGGAGAGGUCCAGGGCCCUGUGCCCUGGGAGGUGCUGCUUAAGCUGCUGGACGUUUGCACGUUGAAGCACGAGAGCCAGGUACACCAUCGGCUGUUUGGAUGGCGCUGGCUGGGCCACGUCCUCAAUGGCGCUGCGUACACGCACCCCGCCGGCAGCAACCACCGGGCUACCGGCAAAGCAGCGUAUGCGGAGGCCCCGGCGGCAGCGGCGGCGGCUGCAGCUGCAGGGGCCGGCAGCCCUCAGGCAGCAGGCGCUGUGGGCGCUGCUGGGAAGCCGGGGCUAACAAAGGCGGGGCUGACAAACGGGGCCAUUGCGCGCUCCCACAAGCCCGUGGCCGCAGCACGGUCGGACCCCAGCGCUGCCUCUGAUGUCGGCACCGGCGCAGCGACCCCUGGCGCGGCCGACGAGCCUGGGGUAGCCGCAGCUGCAGCCGCUGCUGUUAACGGGCAGGGCGCACCAGCAGCUGCCGCCGAUCCUUGGGCGCACGCAGCGGCGGCGCCUGCGCGGCAGGUUGAGGCGUCCUUUAUAGAGGCCCCGCACGGCCCGCACCGAGCGGAGGACGCGGUGUUUCUGGACGUGGAUGAGUUGGAGGCGGAGGAGCAGGCGCCGGGGGCGGGGGCGGGGCCAGCGACAGGGCACGGGGGCACGGGCGCCGUGGCGGCGGGCUUCUCGGCACGCGUUGACGGCGACGACGGCAGGGACAUUCUGGACUUGUUUGGUGACGGCCUCAGCGACGAGCUGGACCUCGGCGUGCUGGGGCCGGGAGGUGGCAGCCUGGGCGGGGUCGGGGAGGGGAGGGGAGCAGGCGCACGGGCAGCCACAAGGACAAACGCACUAGGCACGGCCAAAGCACCUGCUGCUGGUGAUGCUGCCAUCGGGGCGAAGGGGAAAGGCACGGCGGCGGCAAGGCAGGCUGCAGCUGCGGCGACUCCUGCACCCGGGCCGUUAGGCAAGAAACAGCAGCAGCAGCAGCCAGCCGCCGUCGGCAAGGCAGUCGCGCCCAAGGCGAUGGCAGUUGCUAUGGCUGCUGGGGCCCCGGAGGCUGGCGCUGCAAAAAGCGCCAAGCCGCAGAGCAAGCCAGCCAAGCCAUCCAAAGCCACCGCCGCGGUGCGCUCAGCGCCGCCGCCGGCAGAGGAGCCCGGGGCGGCUGACGAGGAGGGCGGGCUGCGGGUGCGCAGCGCCAAGCGGCGGAAGCUGCUGACUGCAGAGUCGUCGGAUGAGGAUGACGUGCAGGGCCUGGGCGGCGCUGCCCCUUUACCUAGCGGUCGGGCACCUGUGGCCGGCGGCGCCAAGACAGCAGCGGUGGUGCAGCUGGGAAAAGCUGCGGCGAACGGGAGGAGCAGUGACGGCGGCGCUGCUGGGGCGGGGUCUGGAAAAGCGGGGGCGGCGGGAAAGGCCAAAGGCGGCGCGGCUCCUGCCAAUGCUCCAGCGCCAGCCCCUUCACCGCCUUUAAAGCGGCAGCUGUCGGGACCGGCAGUAGCAGGCGCAGGCGCUGCAGCGGGUGGAAAGGCGGGUGCAAAGGUGGCCACCACUGGAAGGGCGAAUGCGGCCACGGGACCGGGGGCCGUUAGCAGCGGCGCAAGCGCCAUGGCGCGCGCCGUGUCUGCACCUGCUCCACGCGCCGCUGGGGCCAGUGGCGGCGGGGCUGUCGCAGCCAAGGUGGGCAACGGGGGGCUUGGCGUGGGUCAGGACUCAGACACGGCCGCUGUGACGGGCCUGAACCAGGAGGAGGAGCAGGCGGGCGGGAUGCCGCCAGCCGCACCGGCACCGGCACCGGCACCGGCGCCCAGGCCGCCGGCAGUGCCAUCGCUGGCCAGCUUGGAGGCGCGGCAGUUCCGGCAGAGCAUUGCAAUGCCCAACAUCAGCGCUCUGGCGGCAAAGAAUAAGCCCGGAGCAUUGUUGGGGGGCAUUCUGGGUGGCGGCAUUGGUGGCAACAGAAAAACCACCGCGGCGGCGCCGCCGCCCAACGUGCGGCACAAGCCAACGCUUUUGUCAGCCUGGGACAACCUGCCGUCAGCUCGGCGCGACGGCAUGUUCCCCCAGCUGGCGCCGGUGCUGGAGCGCGUGUACGAGUUCAAGAUAGGCCACGAGGUGUUCAGUGACGCUUGCAUCCUGGGCAUCAAGGACGCAGUGGACGGCGGCGAGCUGUCUGAAGACGCCAUGGUGGCGGACCAGUGGGGCGACGCCAGCUGCGUGCGCAUGCUGUUGCAGAACCACAGCUACCUGAUCCAAGUGAUGGAGAGCGUGCGCGAUAACCGGCCCACGCCCGCCCAGCCGCUGGUGAUCGACGUGAACGAGCACGCCACGCUGCCCGCGCUGCCGUCCGACCGCAGCCUGCGCCGCAGCGGUAGCAGCAUCGCCACGCCGAAGUCGCCCGGGCGGGCACCAGGCGCAAUCACACCGCCGCCAGGGUUUGCGCCGCCAGGCGACGCCGCUGCUGCGGCAGCGGCUGCCGCCGGCGCUGGAGCAGUGGCUGGCGCCGCGUCUGGGACGCCGCUGCCGCCAUACCGGCAGGCGAACACGGGCUACAAGCCGCUUUCACAGGCACGUUUGAGGCACGGCGCGGCGCAUCCGCCGCCGGGCCCCAGCCCGGCAAGCCCGCGCGCGAACGGCCACAUGCCUGACAUGCUCGAUGACGGCGUCGGAGGCAGUGGUGGCGGCGGUGAUGAGUUCGACUUCUACGGGGGUGGUGGAGGUCGCAGUCCGUCGCCGCCCCCCAUGUCGGCACACGGGCCCGCGUCGCCGUAUGUAGCGGCAGCGGCACAGACGCCGUCAUAUGCUGGGCCAGGGCCAGGACUGGGACCUCCACCCCCACCGCAUCAUCAGCCACUGCACGGGCCAGGGCCAGGGCCAGGGCUGGGCCCGGGGCUGCCCCAGCACCCUAGCAGCGGCGUUGGCGCACACCCGGCCCGAGAACCUCACCGGGAGCCAAACCGAGAACGGGACCGCGGUCGCGGCGACCGCGAUUGGGACCGUGAGCUCGACCGGGGCCGUGGGAGAGGCCGGGAACGCGACCGCAACCGUGACGGCAGGCGUGGCCGGGGGCCUCAUCACCGGGACCGGGACGCUGGCGCCGGUGCGACCGUGUCUCGGCCGCCCCAGAUCCCCGGCGUGCAGGUGCCCAAGGGCGGUGUGCUUCUGCCCAUGCAUGAGGGCCUGCCGCCCGGACUGGAGGCGGAGGCGCGGCCUGCUGUGGAAGCGCAGCCGCAGCAGCCGGGCGCGACGGGUGUAGAGCCUGCCGCGGUGCCGGGGGCAACAGAGCCGCCGCCGGCGUCAUCGAACCUGCCGCCGCACCUACGGAGGUCCGCAGCGCCUGCGGCCGCAGGCCCCGCUCCGGCACACCUCAAGCCCACGCACUCAAACGCGGCCGCACCGCACGGCCAACAGCAUGCGGGCCGGCCGCAGUCGCAGCAUGCGACACAGCUACAGCCGGUGCAGGCGCAGCCGCCCCUACAGGCGCACGCACCCGGGGUCCAGCAGCAGCCAACAGUCACGCUCAUCCACGUGCCGGUAAAGCCGCUGGCCUCCAUGCCCAUGGACGCAGGAGCGGGUGCGGCUGCUGCACCACCUCCUGCUCCCAGCCCUUCUGCAGCCGCGGCAGCAGCAGCAGCGGCUGCAGCGGGGUACCCAGCAUCGACAGCCGCAGCUGCCAUCGCGCACGUACCCGCUGGGGCGCCCCAGCACAAUCAAACCGAGAUGCAGCCGCAACUGCAGCCACAGCAGCAGCCGCAGCAGCAGCCGCAGCCGCCUCCGCCAGCGCCAGCAGCAACGGCCGCUGCGGCCGUGCCAGAAGUGCCGCCGGUGGCAGCAGCCUCGACGACCGAGAGCGCUGCUGCAACAGCGCCACCUGCUGCUGCACCCGUGCUGGCAGUACAGGCGGUGGGUGCUGGCAUGGUCAACCUGAUGUUGGACCUCAACAACAAGGAGGCGGCAACACAGCAGCUGCAGCGGCUGCUACAGCAGAUUCAGGGUGCUGCCGCAGCGGCACAGCCUCCCGCACCUGCGCCCGUACCCGUCCAAGCACCCGUCCAGGUGCCCGCGCCCGCGCCAGCUGCCGAGUCUCUGCAAGCAGUGCAUGCGCCGCUUGCGCCAACUACGGUGCCGGCAACGGGCACGGCGCCACCACCGGCUGCGGCCCACAGUCAGCAGCACUGGCCUGGAGUGCCGCCCAUGCCGCAGCAGCCUGGGGCGCCGGCUACGCCACCCAUAGCGGCCUUUGCGGACACGCCGACCGCCUACCCUGCCCAGCCGCAGCCACCAGUCGGGCCGCCGCCUGGUGCAUACCCACCUCACCCAGCCUACAUGGCGCCACCGCACCCGCAACAGCCGCACUUCCAGCCGCCCCACGGCCCCGCGCCAGGGCCCUACAUGCAGCAUCCCUACCCGCCGCCCUACCCUCCCCAUCCACACAUGGCGCAGCCACACCCGCAUGCGGUCCCUGCGCCCUACGCCGUCAUCAAGCCCGAGCCGGGGCUGGUGGACGCGGGGCCCGCGGGCCCGCUGGGGCCCAUGCAGACGCCAGUGCCUGGCUUCGGCAUGGGUAUGGACAUGGGCAUGGCGGGGCCGCCGCCCCCCAUGGGCGCCAUGUAUGCUGCUGGGCCGCCACUACCGGACGCAGCAGGUGCGCCGGGUGCCUCCGGAGGUGCCGCAGCACCGUACCAGCACCAGCAGCACCAGCAGUACCCAUCGCAGCCAGAGGAGCAGCAGCAGGGGCUGCAGCCGCAGCUGCAGGGGCCCAUGGAGGCGACCCCAACCGGCGUCCCGGAAUCACCAGCCUUAGCUGGUGCAUCUGUGCCUUCAAUAGACGCGCCAGCGCCUGCCGCAGGCGCUGGACCUGUGACGGUCAAGCCAGAACCGGACGCGGCUGGCUCGGCCCCCGGUGCCGGCCCCGCCGCCGAGAACGCGUCUGCUGCGGUGGAUGCGGGGCUGCUGGGCCUGAACCCCCAGUCAACAGCGUCGGACGUCAAUCGUGUGCGGUUCAAGAUCUACGGCAUGUACGCGUUCCUGUGCGACCCCUACGUGCCGGAGGCCUCCACCGAGGAGUGGGGCCUCAAGAAGGACAACGUGCAGCAGGCCGAGGACGUGAUCCGCCUGGAUGAGGACGACGACGACCCAGAGGCCAGUCUGGAGGACGACGAGGUCGUCAUCGUGGAGCCCGUGGCCACAGCCGGUGCUGCUGGUGCGGGUGGUGCGGGUGAAGGUGCCGCCGCCCCUGCGGGGCCGGCGGGGGCAGCGGCUGCUGCUGGGGCCGGCGCGGCUGGCGCCGUGGCGAAGAUGGAGGCCGGGGCUGACGGCGCGGCGCCAGGCCCGGCGGCGGCUGGACCAGCGGCGGCGGACGGACCGGCGGCAGCACCUGGAGCUGCAGUGGUGGCGUCGGCACCAGUGGCGGCGCCGACGCUGGUGGACGAGGACGCGAUGCGACUACUGCUGACACUGCUGGGGGGUAGCUAGUGAGGGUGGGUGCCACUGCACGCGCCUGAGCCGAUUUCAAAACAGACAGGGCAGUAAUUUGAAAGCUGUAAUGGAGGCUGGUACGCUGGGUGGGGUGGUAAGAUGCUAUUACUGCUCAGAUGCAAAGAUGUAGGUAUGUGGAAUGGGGUCAGGGCAGGGGGGAGCUCACCUGACGCUCCGUACGAGCAUCUCUAUGGACAUUGAUGGUAAACAUAACGCAGGACUAGGCAGGAUGUGUGGGAAUGUGACAGGGGUUCCACGGUGCACGUGCGGCUUAAGGACCUGACGUCGUGCACGACAGUACGGCAGUGGUUACCGUACCCCGUGUUGCAGAUGCGUGCACGCCAGUCAUACCAAGCUAGUGCAAGGUCAGUUGUCCGAGUCAGGUCAUCGGGCUGUCGUUCGCCCGGUCCGUGGUGUAAGACGACGCCCAG